UCUUAGAAACAUCUUAGAAACAUCGUCAGUUAAUAAUCUCUUUGGCGUAGCACUGUUUAUUAUAUUUCUGGAAUCGUCCGUUGCUUUUGUGGUAUAUUUAAUUCGAAAUUACAGGAGAGGUGUGUUUACAGGUGAUCUUUUAGAAUGACGAACGUAUACACGCGGAAGAAUCAUUUUCCGAGAACGAUCACACUUCUAGAUUACCGAAGCAUGCACAAUAUCUACGCUAAAAGUCGACGAUUAUUGUCCCCUACACGCUGUGGUAACCCGCACCCUGCCGGCUUGAACCAUCAGUCAAUACCCAGUGCGUCGACAUUUUUGAUAUGGAACCCAAAUUUUGCGCGAAAAGCACAGAGGUACCCCGAUAUGAUGAAGCAUACCAAAUAUGUUAACUUCACGUGCAAACACCCGGACAAGUAUGACGUCAUUAAAACAAGGGGCAAGUUACCGGAUAUACGGUAUACGGAAAAUACCAUAUCUAGGAUAAGCUACGUAAAUCCGUCAAGGUUCAAAGAUCUGGCCCCUAAUUACAACAAGCUGCCAAAAGUUGUUGGUAAUCCAAACAAAAAGGCUG